AUGAACAUUCUUUUAAUCAAGGCAAGACGUGGUCUUGAUGAACAUUCUUUUAAUCAAGGCAAGAAUGGACCUGAUCCUAGUGAUUUUCAAGUCAAUCACCGUGAGAUGAUGGGCAACCUGAAUGGUGAGGUUCACUCGGGAGAAACCAUUGAUGAACCUGAUCCUGAUGAUUCUCUAGCAACUGAAACCAUUAAAGACCAACCCCGACCAAAUAAAGCUUAUAAAGAACCCGACCCUGAUAAAUCUGAAACAAAUCAAGUUGUUCAGGCUGAGCCUGAUCUAGAUGAUGAUUUAGCAGCGUCACAUGAAGUCUCUAGGAUGCAAAUUGAUGAACCAGAUCCAGAUGAUCAAGAAUUACAGAGAAUCCAAGAUCCUUUUACUGCUGUUUGCAGCCACCUGCAGAAGGCUAUUGCGACACUGAGAGCUGAAUUGAAGGCAACAGAAGCAACCACUUGUUUGCAAGCUCUUUUUAAGAUACUCGGGUAA